UUUCUGAACCUCAAUUUUCCUAUCUGAACAAGUGGGUUGGGCUGACUGAUUUCUUGGAGCUAUUUCAAUUCUAAGACUCCUGAGUGUAAGCUAACUUUAAAGUCUGUGCCAGGCUCUGACCUAAGCUGGUCCUAAAGUGGGAACAGCAGUGUCCAAAUACCAGUGUCGUGCAAGGAGAUCAGAGUACAAUGGAGGAGGAGGGAGGAUUGGACCCAUUGGAGUGUGGUCAGGCCCAGUAGGGGCAAAUACACAAGCAGCAGUAAGUGGCUAUGUUCGGGGAUCCAAAAGAAGCCUAGGGUAGUUGGUGUAAGGAACUAGGACAGGAAAGGUAGGAUGUGUUAAAGGCCAGAAUGAGACUCUGUGACUGUCAGCAAAAGGGACUGUGUAAUGGUGGAGGACCUGGGAACUGCACCUCAUCCUGAGAGAUUUGGGAAGUACCUGCCCCAGCAGAGCUUCAAAUGGAGACGGCAAGUGAAGCACAGAGAUUGCCUCCUCUUCAUUCAGGGAGUGCAGGUCCCACCCUGCACUUCUUCUGGAAGAAAUAAGGAGUAGGGAUGAAAGAGAACCUUCUGCAUCAUGAGGGUUUCUUUUUAGAACAGACAGUGUCCUGCUGAGAGACCUGUUGCUGCUUUCUAAACAGCUCUUAUUUUUCCUGACUGUUCCCACCCUGGCCUGCCUGUUGUGCUUAUAAGGAAGGACACUUGUUCCAGAAUCUUCUCCAGUUAUUUGAUGUAUUGCCAGAAACAACAUCCCCUCCAUGUGUACUCUAUUUUUCUUAUACUUAGUUGACACCUUUUCCCACCCGUACCCCCUUCCCAAUCCUGCCCACCAGUUACCCAGAUGUGAGUGGCUUCCAGGAAAGGAGAUCUGGGCUUAGUGUGCCAAUGUCAGUCUGAAGUCAAGGCUCUGUGUGGGGCUAGAGUCAAAGCUCAGACUCACCAGAGUCAAAGCACAAAUCAGAGUCCAGCCAGGAGCCCCAGCUCAGUGCUUAGCUUAUUCUUGACUUCAGCACUCAGUCUUGGGUCAGUCAAGGAAUAGAUUGUGGCUACAUUCCAGUAUCAGCAGAUACUUGGAUCUGCACUUCCUGCUACCUUGGACACUCACAGGAGAGAUGUAUGACUGUCUUGAGACCCUCAAAAAGCCUUCUUAAGACCCUCAGAAAGUUGGUCGUAUCAGAGUGACCUGGCAUUUGCAUGUGCCAAGUCCAUGGUGUUACAAAUGUUACCCAGCAUUCAGUGGUGAAGCUAGUACUAGAACCCAGGACUCUUGCAGCUCGGAUUGCUGCUUCUCAAAAUCUAUUCUGAGUCUCUGAUCUUUCCAUUGUAGGAGGCAAAGCAACGGAAGCAGUAGAUAUGCUCCGCUAAAUAACUCUGACCGCCCUCCCUGUCCCUCCCACACUCUAUAUCAGGUGCAGAUUAGGCAAGGUAGGAAUGUCUCUUCAGUGUCAGGUGCAGAGCGACAGCCAGGGACUUGUUCAUGUUUGGAGCUGGAAGAGGCUGGCUUGGGAGGAAGGCCAUUUAGCAGUUGUCAGAGGAAGCUGUGUUCUUGGCCCGCCACCCUCCCCCUCCUCCGGUGCCUUCAGCCCACUCAGAGUUCAUCCAGCUGGCCAUGUGAGGGCCCUUUCCUCUUUCAGAGUAAAAGAAAAAAAGGAAAGGACAUUUUUGGUAGAGAAGUUCCUCCUGCUCCCUGGGAAUCCCCGGUGCCCGGAUGGAUACGGGAUAUCCCAGAGGAAGCCGAAAGCCAGGGCCUUCCUCCUCCCUAGAGCACAAUGCAGCCAGGCUCUCCGACUCUGCACAACUGCUUAUGCGGCUUCCAGAAGUCACCUUGUCUCCCUGUGGGCCUGCAGGAGCGUCCUCCACCUUUAUAACAAUUUGCAGCAAUUCUGAAGAGCCGCUGUUUGAACCCAGGGCCAGCCCCCUAGUGGUGAGGUGUGGUGAAUGCAAAGAAAAGGCCUUCGGAGGCGCAGUAGGAGGAGCUAAAUUAGCCUGGAAAGUGGGGCAUCCUCAGGUCCCUGCCGCUGGACACCCAGAUCCACCAGUUCUGACCAUGGCACUCUGCCUAAAGCAGGUAUUUGCCAAGGACAAGACAUUCCGGCCUCGAAAGCGCUUCGAGCCAGGCACACAGCGCUUUGAACUGUACAAGAAGGCACAGGCAUCACUCAAGUCUGGCCUGGACCUGCGUAGUGUGGUGAGGCUACCACCCGGCGAGAGCAUCGAUGACUGGAUCGCGGUCCACGUGGUGGACUUCUUCAACCGCAUCAACCUCAUCUACGGCACCAUGGCUGAGCGCUGUAAUGAGACCAGCUGCCCCGUCAUGGCUGGUGGGCCCCGCUACGAGUACCGCUGGCAGGAUGAGCACCAGUACCGGCGGCCGGCCAAGCUUUCGGCACCGCGCUACAUGGCGCUGCUCAUGGACUGGAUUGAAGGUCUCAUUAAUGAUGAGGAUGUCUUCCCUACACGUGUUGGAGUUCCCUUCCCCAAGAACUUCCAGCAAGUCUGCACCAAGAUUCUAACCAGGCUCUUCCGAGUCUUUGUCCAUGUCUACAUCCACCACUUCGAUAGCAUCCUCAGCAUGGGGGCGGAGGCUCAUGUCAACACCUGCUACAAGCAUUUCUACUACUUCAUCCGGGAAUUCAGCUUGGUGGACCAGCGGGAGCUAGAGCCAUUGAGGGAGAUGACAGAACGGAUCUGUCACUGAGUCCAGGCCUGGGCAUUGUCGGACCAUCGGAAUACAACAUGGCUGGUAGAGGAGACUCUUGGGAUUCUGAUGAUAACAGAAUCUGAAGGCCGCAGGACUCCUCCACAUACCCAGUGCCUCCAGACUUCUGGUUCUCCAAAGUCAACUUGUAUGUCCCCUUGACUAUGAAUGAAAAAGGAGAAGGCUUCAAGUGGCAAACAGAGAAAUGGAGUACUCAAACCCCUGGGAUGAAGUCUGGAAGUGGAAUGAGUUACUGGGUUCUUCUCUAUCACCUGACCCUGCCAUGGUGGUUCUCAGGCCUGCUUGGGAAGUGUGCAUAUGGCAAAGGUGAUGGCAAGAAAGGUGCAAUAGAGGAGUACCUGCAUGUGAGUGAGCACAGAUGCCAGUGUGGAUGUGUCUGUGAGCCUGAUUUUGACUGCGGGGUGUGUCUCUGAGAGCCAGACCCUCCCUGGCACAUACUUAGGCCUUCUCACAUGUCGGAUGGAUGGAUGGUUGAAUGUGCAAAGAGACUGAGAUUUUUUGACCAUGGCCACUAUAGGAAUAAUGCAGCUGUAGACAUAGUACAGAUGAGACUUGCAGGCAGCCAUCUUCCAUCAGCAUGAGUCCUGGGAGCUGGGUAGAAGUUGAAAAGGAGAGAUAUUACCUGAGUUCCUUAAAGCCCUGGCUCAUCACAGCUGUCGUUGCUGAUUUGCUGAGCCAGAGAUGCCAACAAGCUGUCAUUUCACUCCUUCUCUCUAGGAGGGCCCCUUGACAGGCCUUCUGAGCAUCAAGAUUCUUUAUAUCCAUGAAGAUCUGCUGUCUCUUAAACUAAGAAUCAUGUACUCCUAUCUGGCUCCCAGAUCUACAGGCCUGAUUCAUAGGAUCUGAAGCCGAGUACAAAAUAACGUUCCAGCCCAAAGAGCCAGUGGGACUCAACUUGGGAAGUCUGUGGAAUCUUGUUUCCCACCCCAGGACAUUGACCAUGUAGCCAUGGAGAAUCCCUAUUCUAAAAGUUCUUGCCUCCUUCGCAACCAUCUCAGAAACAUUCCAGCUGGUUGACCUCCACACAACUAUUCACAGAGAGGCUGGGAUGUUCAAUCAGCAACCUAUUUCUCAGUACCUCUAUGCCAGCCCUGUGCCCAGACCCAUGGGUAUGGGAACUCAAGUAGGAAUAGGAUUCUGCCCUCCCAGAGCCCCACACUGGAAGGCUAGGAUGGAGAAUCAGAAGGGCCUUGAGAAUCAUGUAGUCUCAGCCUUUCAGUGUGCAAAAGAGAAAACUGAAGCCAGGAAGAGAAAGGAAAACUGUCCACCCUCAAGGUGAGUCUUUUGUGGAACUGAAGUAAAAUCAAGGGGUCCUGACUCCCAUGCCAGGGCCCACUGACUACUACACAGAGAUGCACAUGGAGAUUUUGGCAGAUCCUUUCUCUCUCUCUCUCUUCUCUUUCUCACCAGGAUACAACUGUUCUGCUUUAAGCAAAGAUUUCUAGCCAGAUGGCAAGAACCCUACCCCCCCCCCUUGGGUUGGCUGGGGUUAGCUGCUGAGCCAAGCCUCCAAAAUCAUGUUCCUUUGAUGGCCCAGAAACUGCCUGUCCUCUGGGGAAACAGCUCAAGGCCAGCCAGCUGGGCCUGGGACUUCUGCCUCUGCUGGUUCCAAAAACUUUCCCGAGAGAUGCAUUCUGCCGUGGCAGCUUUACCAGCAGCUCUGGAGUAAGGGGAGUAGGAGCUUCCUUCCCUCAACAUGAACUGAAGCUUGCAUGAUGGAUUCUAGGCUUGGCAAGGGCUGAUUGUAGGGAAGGGAUGGGGGAAUCUAUUUCUGUGAAACAGAGGAAAGACCUUAUUAUUGUUAUUUUUGGUAAAAUAAAAGAAGUAAACUAAAGCAGUCACUGGUGAGAAGCUGUGAUCUGGGUGCCACAUGGCUUUUGGCAGACUGUGGAAGGAUCCAGGGCAGAAUGGAGCUAGGAGGGAUUUUGUCUUGAGAUCCUGGGCUAUGUGGAGGGCUGGCUGGUGUGGUCAUGUCUGGCCCAGGCCCAUAUCCACAGGGUGGGGACACCAAGAUUCUUCCAGGGCUCUGAAAAUUCUAACCCAUGCUGGGCUGGGAAAUCUUGGGUAAGGGAGGACUGUUCUUUGUCUUCCAAGAACUCAGUCUGAUGGGGAACCUUUUGUUUUAGCUCAAUUUACCUGGCAUUGGAUAUGGUCAUUCUACCUGCUUCUUUAAGAUUGUUUUGGGGAAAUAAUGAGUCAAGGGGCAAAAAGAAAAUACAAUCCGAGCUCUAAUUACAGGAGGUCUUGGCAGAGCUUGAAAUGUGAGAGGGAGGACACAGGGCUCACUCCUGAAUCUACUUUCUAGGACACAUCUAAGACUGUUGGCUCAGAUUUGCUGUCAUUUCACUGUUGCUAAUCCACAAGCUUUCCAAACGGGAGUUGAAAAGCAGCUUGGUUCUCAAGCAUCAGCAAAUGCCCACCUAAAGUUUCCCCUCUGCCUGCAAUAGAUCUAGCUUGGCUUUGUGCAAGGGCUCUUCUGAGAGCUGCAGGCCUGGAUGCAAGUCCCAGCCCAGCCCCCAAGGUGCCAAGAAAAGUCCCUUCGACCUGAAGCUUGCAAUUUCCCAUCUGUUUCAUACUUGGAAGUGGGCCUGAUUGAUUCCUCUUUCACUACUUGGAACCUUUGAGUUAUUCAUAAUAAUGGCUAAUGGUCACUGUAGGUCAGAUACAACUAUAAGUGCCUGCAUAUAGUAGCUUGUUGACGCAAGUUUCUUUAACUAGCUGCCUGGCUUCCCUCCCAGCCUCCAAUAUCCAUCCUUUCACUGCUCUGAGAUCUCCAGAUUCAUCCUGCUGUUUCUUCUUCUGGCUAAAGAAGGCCCAAGAUCCAUCAUUCUAAAAGAAUACUGUUUGUGGGCCAGGGAGAUGGCUCAGUAGAAUAAGUACUUGCCUGGAAAGUGCAAGGUCCUGAGUUCAA